ACUGUCCAAUAGCAUCUGGAGAGGGACAGAGACAGAAAGAUAGAGAGAGAAAGAGAGGUAGAGAGAGAAAAGGAUGUCGUGUUUUUUUAUUCAUUAACGAUAAUCACGUUCUGCACGGUAUUCAGUUGUUGCGGGGUUCGGACGGUAAACACGUACACUAUUCCCGGGAGCUCACAGAAUCGGUAGAAUUUACCCCAGGCACGUCGCUGGCGCACGAGGCUCUGCAGUCACCGACACACGGUCCCGGGAUUCUCCCCUAUUCUAUUCUGUUUUCUCCGCGUUGAGGGAUGAAACGCUCUGUCAGCUGAGAUUUUUACCGCAGCAGCCGCGUGAACAGACCAAUGGGGGUAUGACGUGUGUCGUUGGGGCACGAGAGGAGAAAAUGUCUCUCAGUUUCUACCUCUCUGCACCCAGAAAGGCAGAACAGUGUGACUGUACUAAGCGAACCGGGAGCUGACUGGCUGACCCAGUGAAGAGGGAUACAUAGUCUGAAACACAUACAAAACUGAGCAGGGCUGUGUGAGUGUGGGCUAGACACCCAGUUGGAGUCCUGAUCUAAACUGAACGCCAGUGAUUCCACUGUCCCUCCCACAUGUCUCCCCCAUCUCCUCCCAUUCCUCUCUCCUCCCAACCAUCCUGUCCACUGUAUGUCUUUUCCAUGCUCCUGGCCCUGCCCAGACUAAGGGGCACCCUGCCCUAUCUUCUCUUCCUCGUCCUGUCCCUCCAACAUGUUGCCAGCCAGUCAGUUGUCACCACGUCCCAGGGCCGGCUGAGGGGUCAGUUGACCCCCCUACCCUCUGACCUCCUGGGCCCUGUGGUUCAGUACCUCGGGGUGCCCUAUGCCCGCCCUCCCACCGGGGAGAGACGCUUCCAGCCCCCCGAGCCCCCCCUGUCUUGGCCAGGGGUGAGGAACGCCACCCAGUUCUCCCCUGUCUGCCCCCAGCCUGUGGAGGAACACAGCCUUCUGACAGAGAUGUUACCUCUCUGGUACUCAGCCAACCUGGACAUAGCCAGCACAUAUGUAGCGCAGCAGAGUGAAGACUGCCUCUACCUGAACAUAUACGUCCCCACGGAGGAAGACAUCCAUGAUGAGGGCAGUCUGCGGCCGGUGAUGGUGUAUGUCCACGGGGGGUCGUACUCCGAGGGGAGUGGCAACAUGAUGGACGGCAGUGUCCUGGCUAGCUAUGGAAAUGUCAUUGUCAUCACAAUCAACUACAGGCUGGGAGUACUGGGCUUUCUCAGCACGGGCGACCAGGCAGCUAAAGGCAACUAUGGCUUGUUGGACCAGAUCCAAGCACUGCGCUGGGUCAAGGAGAACAUUGCUGCAUUCAGCGGAGACCCAGACAGAGUCACAGUGUUUGGCUCUGGGGCUGGUGCCUCCUGUGUCAGCCUACUAACCCUGUCCCACUACUCUGAGGCAUGCUGUGUAUCAGAUCUGUUCCAGAAGGCGAUCAUCCAGAGUGGGACAGCCCUGUCCAGCUGGGCGGUCAACUACCAGCCAGGGAAGUAUGCCAGGCUCUUAGGGGACAAGGUGGGUUGCAGUCUGGAGGACUCAUCAGAGCUGAUCAGCUGUCUGCAGGGGAAGACCUACCAGGAGCUUGUGGAACAGAACAUCACCCCAGCUAAAUACCACACCGCUUUCGGACCUGUCAUCGACGGCGAUGUCAUUCCUGAUGACCCCCAGAUACUCAUGGAGCAGGGGGAGUUUCUCAACUAUGACAUCAUGCUGGGCGUGAACCAGGGGGAGGGGCUUCAGUUUGUUGACGGGAUGGUGGACAGUGAGGACGGUGUCUCUGGUGAUGACUUUGACUUUGCCGUGUCAGACUUCGUGGAUAGCCUCUACGGCUACCCGGAGGGGAAGGACACACUAAGAGAGAGCAUUAAGUUCAUGUACACAGACUGGGCUGACCGGGAGAACCCUGAAACCCGGCGGAAGACGCUGGUUGCCCUGUUCACUGACCACCAGUGGGUGGCCCCAGCAGUGGCCACAGCUGACCUCCACGCCCAGUACGGAUCACCAACGUAUUUCUACUCCUUCUACCACCACUGCCAGAGUGACGUGUCGCCCACCUGGGCUGACUCCGCCCACGGAGACGAGAUGCCGUAUGUGUUCGGCCUGCCGUUGAUCGGACCCACGGACCUCUUCAACUGUAACUUCUCUAAGAACGACGUGAUGCUCAGCGCCGUAGUCAUGACGUACUGGACCAACUUCGCCAAGACGGGAGAUCCUAACCAGCCAGUGCCACAGGACACCAAGUUCAUCCACACCAAACCCAACCGUUUUGAGGAGGUGGCCUGGGCCAAGUACACGCCCAAGGAACAGCUGUAUCUGCACAUCGGCCUAAAGCCACGAGUCAGAGACCACUACAGAGCCACAAAGACAGCGUUCUGGCUCCAGCUGGUUCCUCACCUCCACAACAUCAAUGAGUUGCUUCAGUACGUGUCAUCAGCGACCCACAGCCCUCCCCAGGACACCACCCCCCACUCCUACACCAAGCGGCUGUCUAAAGGCUUGGGCCUGGGGAGCACGCGCCACCCCAACCCCCCUGCCACGCCCCAGGCCCCGGCUCUGCAGGGCGAGGAGUUGCAGGUCCCCCACCCUGUGGUGGAGGACUACUCCACGGAGCUCAGCGUCACCAUCGCUGUGGGAGCCUCGCUCCUCUUCCUCAACAUCCUGGCCUUUGCUGCUCUGCUCUACAAGAAGGACAAGCGCAAGAUGGAACACCGCCGGCCUCCGCGCCCGCCCCCGCGCCGUGACCUCAACGCCGACAUCGCGCACCAGCUCCAGGGGGAGGGGCUCCUGAAGCAGCUGGAAGCCGAGGCUCUUCACCAACACAGCGCCCUGGAGAUACACGACACCCACAACAUCCACCACACGCUGGAGGCCCUGGACACACUGGACACACAGGACAUCUACAACACCCUGGACACUCUAAGGCUAACCUGUCCACCUGACUACACACUGACCUUAAGACGCUCCCCCGACGACGUGCCCCUGAUGACCCCCAGGUCCCUGCCCAUGACCCCGGGUUCUCACCCUGCCACCCCCAUGACCCCCAUGACCCCCAUGACCCCCGGCUCAAUUGUAGGGGUGCAACCCAUGCAGGGCUAUAGUCCUUACAGUAACACGCACCUGCCCCAUACGCACACACGCCCCAACACGCACACACACCCCAACACGCACACGCACUCCACCACGCGCGUAUAACCACAGCCCGGAGACGGAGCAGAAUGGAUCGGGACAGUUUCUCCAGUCCACCUAAGAUGGCGGAAGGAUUCAAUCUGCUGUGCUGCAUGUGUAGAAUACUGAGGAAGUGGAAGUGAUGAACCCUGAGAGAGGAAGGAAGGUGCAUCAUUAAAUGGAACACUGUAAAUGGGAACAUCCAAUAUGGCUGCCAAUGGGCUAUGAUCCAUACAUCAUGGAUACACUGCUUGUCUAUAAGCUGUGUAGGACUUGGCCUGUGCUACCAUGUGACUUGCCGGGCUGCUGUGAUGUCGAGAUCCCUCCGGGAACAACUUGAAGAACCUGGGAAAUGUGAAUGUAUACUUUUUCAAUUGCGACAAAAUCCUUUAGAGGAUAACUGUUCCCUGCAGGUCAGUGCGCUGCUCUGCCAGGCCAUGGAUGGGGGGUCUGAAGGAUGAGAACAGACAGACGCAGUGUGGAAGGAAGGUCAGAGAGACAGACACAGGGGAGGGACGGACAGACUGACACAAAAGGAUGGACAGACAGACGGACAGUAUCCCUCAUCCCUGGGACGAAGGCCUCUGAAAGGUUUGACAAUAACAAGCUCCGUGUCUGAAGAUCUACCAACCAGCAGUCUGUUCAAUUAUGUAAAUAUACUUGUAAACAUGGUGGAGAAAAGAUGGUAAGAUUUAAAGCAUUUACUGUUUUAUUGCAUCAAAAUGUUAUUUAAUGACGUAGGCUUUCUUUUGAGUCGAUUAUAAAUGUAAUGGUCUUCAGAACAACAUGUAAUUUGACCCUCUGACCUCUAACCCUAACCACAUCUAUGCCCACCCUUGUCCCUUGGGCCUGGAACUGGGUCUUUCUUAUCCCUAUUCAUCAGCCAUGGACCCUUACGUUAACCCCUGACCUGUAACCUUUUACCCUGACCUCUAACAUGUAUUCUUUACCUAACUCAGACCCUCAUUCUAACCUCAAUGUAGGAACCUUUAUUUCAGUUUUUCCCAUAAUUGACCCUUUUCAUAAAACCCUGACCCUUUCUGCUUCUACCAUUUUCCCCAGAGAUAAUACUGAUUGGUUAACCUGAGGCAGGAUUUCAAUCAUACCGAUGUCUACAAUUUUUACGAUUGAUUUCAGGCCUGACCCAUUCUGCGUUUGUGAGCUUUUUGAACCACAAAAUAAAAUCAUAUACUAUAUUGUAUUUUAAGAGAGCUGAAACUGUGGUCUGGGAAACAGUGGAUCUUAUUUGAAAUGCUACCAUUGGCUAGAUUAGACGUUUGUUUUGAUAUGAUUUUCAUUUUCUGCCUUAACUGAUGGAAGGAGUCUUUGCUGUAUGUACCGAAUGAACUUUCUGCUGCAUUUUGUUAAAUAAAG